AUGGAAACAUCUCUGUUCAAUCACACCAGAGUGACUGAGUUUGUUUUCUUGGGACUCGCAAGCAAGACUGAACUAAAACUGCCUCUAUUUGUGCUGUUUCUCAUUGUCUAUACUGUUACCAUGGCAGGGAAUUUGGGGGUUGUUUUUCUAAUCGGGAUAGAUGCACAGCUCCAUACUCCCAUGUUUUUCUUUCUAUGUAAUCUGGCUUUUGUGGAUGCUGCUUAUUCCUCAGCUGUUACACCAAAAAUGUUGGUGGAUAUCCUUGCAGAAAAGAAAAGCAUUGGAUUCUUCGGCUGUGCAACUCAAAUGUUCUUUUGCGUGAUAUGUGGGAGCACAGAAUGCCUCUUACUGGCAGUGAUGGCGUAUGACCGAUACGUAGCCAUCUGCAACCCUCUGCAUUACUCUGCUGUAAUGUCAGGGAAGCUGUGUGCCUGGCUGGUAGCUGGUUCUUAUGUCCUAAGCAUUUGGUAUUCCGUUCUAUAUAUUGGGUGCAUCUUUACUUUAUCCUUUUGUGGGCCAAAUGUGAUCAAUCAUUUUUACUGCGACAUCCCCCCUCUGUUAGAACUCUCUUGCUCUGACAUUCACACCAAUGUGACAGUGAUACGUGCACAAGUCAGUAUAAACUGUGUCAGUACGACGAUGGCCAUUCUAAUUUCAUACACCUGUAUCCUGGCCACCAUCCUGAAGAUUCGCUCCACUGAGAGCAAGUGCAAAGCUUUUUCUACCUGUUCUUCUCACCUGAUGGCUGUAAGCUUAUUUUAUGGAACCAUAUUCUAUAUGUAUUUGCGGCCAAACUCCAACUAUACAUUGGAACAAGACAAAGUAGCUUCUCUGUUCUACACAGUGGUGAUUCCCAUGUUGAACCCCCUCAUCUACAGCUUGAGGAACAAGGACAUGAGGAGAGCCUUUGGGAGAGUGUUUGAGAAGACACUGUAA